UUUUUAAUCCACGGCAGACGGAGCGAUAUAAUGACACAUUCCUCACCGCGAUUAAUUUAAUGAUGCCCUCAUCUCGCAACACCACACUGCCCAUUGUUGGCCAUGGCACACGCACACGGGUGAAGUUUGCCCACAAUUUCUGUCGCACGGAUGGCUGUGCGGAUUGUACCUGCUCAUAGUGCUCCCUUUGUGCCGCGGUGCAUGCUGGGUAGCGUGCAGCACCUGGAUACGGUGAGCGAACGCUCGCAGCGCCAGACCCGCUCAGGUCGGGUUUCUCCGGGUAUCUAAGGAGAUAUCGCGCUGCUUUUCCGGGCUCAUUUCUCAGCCCAAUCUAUUGUUUUGUAUCGCUGCAACGGAGCCAUAAAGAAACCGGGCCAUGAGGACUUUUCCCAAAAACAGAAGUUGCGAAAUUUACAGCGUAUCUGGUUUAGGACCGCGCGUCCCCGCUGGCUCACAUGCACAGGACUUUGUGACAAAGGCCGCCCAGACAUCAAGUCCAUCUAACAGCGAGUCACAACCUGGGUCUGACAUCAAGAGCCCACGGGGCAAGAGGGUGGACUGCGGGGUAUGGAGUAAGUGGGCACCGAGAACUGCCCCCCUCCUUCCUCUCUCCAUUGCCAUUGCACUGACGCUUCAUUUCCUUGCAUCUUCCUCAUCUUCCUCAGUGUUCUACCUUGGAGGAAGUGUUGAGUUCUCCAACCUCAGCUUCUCCCCAGACCUGGCAGACCCGACGUCUACACAGUUCCACCUUCAGUCUCAGGCGCUAAGCCAUUACUUCUCAGAGUUGUAUGAUUCAUCACCAUGGAAGUCGUAUUACCAGAACUCAGGAAUUAUUGCAUUUAGUGAAGGAGUGGAAGGUCUUUGUGUCUACUACUGGAGUAAAUUCUCUGCUCCUCCCCUUAUUUCUGAUGAACUCCGGAGAUUGAACCCAAACCGUCUGCAGCGCCGUCUUCCCGGAACCAACAAGGUUCUCUUUAGCAAGAAUGAGGAACGCUACUACAUGGAGAAGGAUACAGACACGCUACGUCUCUUGGGCUUAAAUCCAGAUGAUGUCAGUGUUGGUGAUGACGACGACGAUGAUGAUGAAGACUCGGAUGACAAGGCGGAAAAGAUAAAGAACCCAAACUCUUUGCAGAGUGGCAAGUGGCAGUUGGGGCUGCAGGCCAUGUCUUUUGACCUGUAUGCCAAGUAUGGUAACAAUCGCACUCUCAGUCUCGUGAGUCCGAAAAAGCCGUAUUACCAGUGGAGGCUUCGGGUGCCGUCCGGCCACGUUGUGCGACUUGUCAUUCUUACACUUCAAGGGGCGACACCAGGUAGCUGCUCUGCCAACAAACUUUCAGCAUAUGACUUCCUACUGCCACUUCAAAACAAGAUCAUUGCCAGAUGGUGUGGUCUGCCAAUAUCAGGAACAUCCCCUGUGAUGAAACUGACGUCGUCUGGAAACGUCAUGCUUGUUACGUUUUCAUUCAGUCGACAGAGGCAAGGAGCCAUCUUCAAAGCCUAUUUCCAGGCUAUACCCAAAACCGAGUGUGGCGGUUUUCUCACUGCUUGGAAUGGCACAGUAACGUCCCCAUAUUACCCUGCCUACUACCCUCCAAAUGUGGACUGUAACUGGAAGAUCAGGGCUCCGUUGCCGGGAUACCUUCUCUCCGUGACCAUUGUGAUGCUGGACAUUCAGGAUUCGCCGGCCUCUAGCACCUGUGAGAAAGACUGGCUGGAAAUAGGUGGCGUCAAGUUGUGUAACCCCAUUGGCGACAGCAGCAGAAAGAGAAUAUAUUCGUCCCCUAUCCUGUUGCACUUUCACUCGGAUGAAUCUUUGACUCAUAAAGGUUUCUACCUGAUCUACAGAGCCUUUUCUCCUGAAAGUGCAUGCCCCAGGCAGUUCAGAUGUGGAGAUGGCAAGUGUAUUCCUCUUAGAAAGGUGUGUGAUGGAGAUAAAGACUGUUCUGAUGGACGAGAUGAGGCUAAAUGCAACACAUGUAAACCAGGAGAGGUUUACUGUAAUGGCCAGUGUAGACCGCACGGCCAGUGUAACACACAAUUUACAUGCGAUGACAGCGGUGAAGAGUCAAACUGUGGAGGUAAAUGCUACCAUAUGUGCCCAAACAAGAUCUGCCUUCCCAAAGCGUCAGUGUGUGAUGGAGUUGUUGACUGCAAAGACCGUAGCGAUGAACUCAAUUGUACAAGAGCAUAUCAGAAAGGAUGCUCUCCCACUUCCUUCAAAUGUGCUAAUGGAAAAUGCUUAAGUAAGAUCAACCCUGAGUGUGACGGGAUUAAAGACUGCAAAGAUGGUUCAGAUGAGCUGCGCUGCGCAUGUGGCACACGUCCCAGAAAGAGGGCAAAGAUUGUGGGUGGAACCGAUGCCCAGUCAGGCUCAUGGCCGUGGCAGGUGAGCCUUCAGAUGGAACGCUACGGUCACGUUUGCGGCGCUUCUCUGGUGGGCAGCCGCUGGCUCAUCUCCGCAGCUCAUUGCUUCCAGGACUCGGAUGCAAUCAAGUAUUCUGAUGCACGAUCGUGGAGGGCGUACAUGGGGAUGCGGGUGAUGAACACCGUCAGCAACGCAGCAGCCACCAGGCAGAUCCGCCGUAUUGUCCUGCACUCUCAAUACGACCAAUUCACCUCCGACUAUGACAUUGCACUUCUAGAACUCAGCGCCCCCGUCUUUUUUAAUGAUUUGGUACAACCUGUCUGUGUGCCCGCCCCCUCCCAUGCCUUCACUUCCGGAACCAGCUGCUUUGUCACUGGAUGGGGAGUUUUGACAGAGGAGGGUGAGCUGGCCACAUUGCUACAAGAGGCGACAGUUAACAUCAUUAGUCACAACUCUUGCAACAAGAUGUAUGACGACGCAGUGACUCCCAGAAUGCUUUGUGCCGGUAACAUUCAGGGAGGAGUGGAUGCUUGUCAAGGUGACUCUGGGGGACCACUGGUGUGUCUGGAGCGAGGGCGGAGGUGGUUUUUAGCGGGCAUUGUGAGUUGGGGUGAGGGCUGUGCCCGACAGAACAGGCCCGGGGUUUACACACGAGUCAUUAAGUUCACAGACUGGAUUCACCAGCAAACUAAAGGCCAGGUGUGAUGCACAUAUUUACACCAGAGAAUGCUUAACAUCAUCAUUCGCACGUGUUCAGUUGUGAUCAAGGGGCACUCAUGGUGCCCACAUACAGGGCAAACUUCAACACCUCUGCAGUGGGAGCAGUUUUUUCAUCAAUGCUCAGCGUUCGAAAUACCAAUCCAUGGUCUGCCAGCAGCUUCGCUCCGCGCUGUGAUUCCGAAUCCCUUAAGCUCUUGAGAACCAUCUGAAAACCAAAUGCACUCUCUAAGGCCUCCAGACCGGACUACUAGUGUAGAUAUUUUAAUAAACUGGUUAAAGAAGUGCAUGUCAUUAUUUACAAUGGAAGAGUUCUCUUGGUGAGAGUUUUUGUAUAGCAUUCAUUCAUUUAUUCAUGUUAUUGGAAUAAAUAUUUUUAGGAUAAUUUAAACCCUCAGCUUCAUGUAGUAUGUUGUAUGUUUUUUCAUUCUCCUAUUCAAAUUUAUCCAACUGUAUAAUUAUGUGCAUGUCAAAAAUUGACAAACAAUAAUUUUGGUCCUUGUACCAUUUUUGAUUUUGUAUUAUUGCUAUUGUAUAAUUUGAUUGUGUUUUUGCUGUCCUGUCCCUCACAACUGAUUUUUAGCCAUGAAGCUCUCUCUCAUUGGGAUAUUGCAAUGCCUGCCCCUAAAGACUCCCUCUACUGGUUGUGGUUUGACAUUACAUCUUACUCCUCAGUACUCCUCCUUAUGUUCUGUGUUCCGAAAACCAGAUGUAAAAGUCCAAACUGGGAAAAUAUUGAUACUAUGUAUUUAGUCGUAUGAAAAUUAGAGUGAUAUUAAAAAGAGGUGCUACAUAAAAAGUGUGAUUUGAA